CGUUUUUCCAUUGGCUCGUUUCGUGGGACGAUGAGCCUCGAUAGUUGGAUUGUGUCAUGCACGGGAACAAUAUUUUCUGAAGAAGGUGAAAAGGCAAAGUGAUGCAACUAGAACGUGUCAGCGGAUGGCGGUGGAGACGCGUUAUUCCCGCGACACGUCAGCCGUGGGUCGAUUUCCGAGCGUCACCUUCUCCGCGGGUGACGCCGACCCCGAGGAGUCUCCGGCGGAGGCCCCCGAUGACGGCGGGGACGACGCCUGCCGGCGGUGGCUGCGCCGCGUGGGCCGCUGCUGCUGCCCGGAGACGGACGAGGACGUCAGCGAUACGCUCGUCGCGGCGCUUGAAGAGGGCAAGGACGAGGCGGAGACCGGCAAGAACCCCGCGGCCGGCGAUAGCGAGCUCGCCGAGCUGCCCCUCAAGGUGACGUCCGUGGACCUGAUGAAGAGCAAGACGGGAGCCGAGCGCCUGGCGCACCGGACGCACCUCUUCCAGUGCGACGACUUCAUCAUCCGGCGGGGCCAGACGUUCCACGUGUGGAUCACGCUGUCCCGGGCGUUCCGGCCCGGCACGGACAAACUUCACCUGGAACUCAAAACAGGCCCUCUGCCGACGGUGUCAAAAGGAACCCACGUCAUUAUCCCUCUGGUGGACGAGCUGCAGGACAACCUCUGGCAAGCCUCCCCCAAAGAGUGGGACGGCGCCAGGAUGAAGCUGUCCGUCAGCUCCCCGGCCGGCGCCGCCGUCGGCCGCUAUCGCCUCCAGGUGGAAACGGAAAGUCCGGGCGGGCGGGCCGUUUCCGUGCACGACCCCGCUAAUGACUUCUACGUGCUGUUCAACCCCUGGUGUGACGCGGACGCGGUGUUCAUGGACGCCGAAGACGAGCGUCAAGAGUACGUCCUCAACGACGUGGGCCGCAUCUAUUACGGCACGCAGGACCAAAUUGCAGUCCGGACGUGGGACUACGGACAGUUUGACGACGGCAUACUGGCCGCGUGCCUCUUCGUCCUGGAGAAGAGCGGAACUCCUCCGUCCGGUUGGGGGGACCCCGUCAACGUGGUCCGAGUCGUGUCCGGCAUGAUCAACUCUCGUGACGACCAGGGUGUCGUGGAGGGAAACUGGUCGGGGGAUUACAGUCAAGGAACGUCUCCGACCGUCUGGAGCGGAAGUAUGGAAAUACUGACAGAAUACCACAAAAGCAACGGCACUCCCGUCAAAUACGGCCAGUGCUGGAUUUUUGCCGGGAUCGUCACCACAGUGCUGAGGUGUUUGGGCAUCCCCAGCCGAACAGUGACCAACUUCAGCUCCGCCCACGACACCGACGUCUCCUUGACGACGGACGUGUACCUGGAUGAGGACCUGCAGCCCUUGGCUCAUCUGAAUGCCGACUCCGUCUGGAACUUUCACGUGUGGAACGACUGCUGGAUGGCCCGUCACGACUUGCCCCCGGGGAUGGGCGGCUGGCAGGCGGUGGACGCCACGCCCCAGGAAACCAGCCAGGGCACGUUCCGCUGCGGCCCCGCGUCUCUCGCCGCCGUCCGCGACGGUCAGGUGUUCCUCAAGCACGACGCCCAGUUCGUGUUCGCCGAGGUGAACAGCGAUAAAAUCUACUGGCAGAGGAACCCGGACGGGACCUUUUCCAAAAUAUACAGCGAGAAGAAGGUCGUAGGCCACCUCAUUAGCACCAAGGCCGUCGGCUCGGACCAACGGAGCGACAUCACGCAUCUUUACAAGCACCCCGAAGGAACGGCAGCUGAGCGCACCGCUGUCGAGACGGCAUGUCGUUACGGUUCCAAAGCGGAGGUGUACACCUCCCCCGUGGUGGAGGACGUGGCCAUCGCGGUCUCCAUGGACGCCGACGGCCCGCGAAUGGGGCGGGACGCCGAGCUGACCGUCACGCUGCGAAAUAACAGCUCAGAGAACCGUAACGUCGUCUUGCAUAGCCAGGUCGCCGUCAUGUACUACACCGGAGUCCAGAAGGGGACCGUCAGGACGGACCACACCAGCCUGGACCUGCUGCCCACUGAGGUGAAGGUUUUGGAGUGGACCCUCGAGUACAAAGACUAUAAGGACCAACUGGUGGACCAGGCCGCCCUCAGGCUGACUCUCUCCGGCCAGGUCAAAGAGACGCAACAGGUGCUCGCCACUCAGUUCAGUUUCCGACUCAGGACUCCGGACUUGCUCUUAAAGCCUGUGGGGAAGGCCGUCGUCGGGGAGAAGGUACCCGUGGAGAUUUCCUUCACUAACCCGCUACCUCAAGUCCUGAGGUCGGUCAUGUUCCACGUGGAGGGACUGGGCCUCACCACCGCGCGAAAGAUUCAUUACGGAGACAUCGGGAGCCGAGCCACCGUCUCCCUGACCGAGCACGUGGUCCCCACGCUGCCGGGGCCCAGGAAAUUACUGGCGUCCCUGCACUGCCGGCAGCUCACGCAGGUCCACGGCGUGACCGACGUCGCCGUGCACCCGAGAAACUACGGCGCGCUGUAGCCGGCUGACCUUUUCUGAAGAAAGGAUCAAGAAGAGCGCGCAGUCAAACUUUAUUUCAAGCCCGACAUUGGGCACGGCGAAGGGAUAUCAAAGCCCUCGGGGCAAAUGUGGGAUUUCACCUCGGAAAAGCACUGAAAGUGAAAGUGGAGUCGCGCGCUGAAAUAAUUAACAAGCUGGAAGUCCUUGUCCUUUACGGUGCGCUUUUAGGCACGCUCGGUCGGGUUGAAAGAACUCGACACGCGGCGGGACCUCCAGAAGGUCAGCGACGCGUCCAAGCGGGAUUCUCCUUUCUCCAGUUUGCGUGCGUUGAGUCCGUUCAAGACCAAAUUGUCCGUAGGUGCCAAUGUGAAUGCUCGUUUGUGUUCAAUUAAUUAAAGGGUUCGGUGUGCGCUGUUCACAAAUUUAUGAAUGAAAUGCUUCUGAUCCAGGGCGGCACGGUGGGUCAGCUGGUAAAGCGUUGGCCUCACAGUACUGAGGUCCCGGGUUCGAUCCCGGCCCCGCCCGUGUGGAGUUUGCAUGUUCUCCUCGUGCCUGCGUGGGUUUCCUCCGCUACUCCGCUUUCUUCCCACGUCCCAAAAACAUGCAACAUUAAUUGGACACUCUAAAUUGCCCCUAGGUAUGCUUGUGAGUGCGACCGUUUGUCUCUAUGUGCCCUGCGAUUGGCUGGCGACCAGUUCAGGAUGUAGCAGCUGGGGUAGGCUCCAGCGACCCUCGUGAGGAUAAGCGGCGAAGAAAAUGGAUGGAUGGAUACCUCUGAUCCAAGUCACUUCGGUGCAGGCAGCGUGGGAUCGAUUCCCGCUGCGACUGACUGGCGACCAGUUCAGGGUGUAGUCCGCCUUUCGCCCGAAGCUAGCUGGGAUAAGCUCCAGCUUCCCCGCAACCCUUGUGAGGAUUAGCGGCUUGGAUAAUGACAUGACACGUUUGAUCGAAUGUCCGUUUGCCUGCACCUCCAUCAAAUUCGACCAAAAUUGCGUUAGACCAGCUGCACCAAAAGUUCAACCAGCUUCCAGCAGGUAUUAAGUUUUGACCGGCUUUCGGUCAUCAAAUUGUCACACGUGCCGUGCCGUGACAAUUUGCCCAUCUUGGCGUUCGCCAGAUUGGCAAACAUUAUUUUUUGAACUGGUUUAUUGUCUUGUAUUGUAUUUUCUGUACCAAAGCUUGCUUUGCGCCUCAUGAUGCAUUUUUAAAUAUUGCAAACUGUGAGAAAGCCUCAACAUUGAAUUUGUGGUCUCCAGCACUCGAGAGAGCGAGAGAGACGGAGAGAGCACUCGUGUGUGGAUGAAUUCACAAUUAUUCAUCCCUAACGGGGGCAAAGUUUGCAUGUACAGUGGCACCUCUACUUAGCAAAUUAAUUUGUUCCGGAAGUCAUUUCAUAAUGUACAUUUUUCUCAAGUAGAAGCGCUUUUUCCACGUAAACAGCUUAAUCUGUUUCAAGUCCCCCACCCAAAAAAUAAGCAUUCAAAGUGCAUCAUGUGAAGAAGAAGAAAAAUUAUGGUCAUUUACCUUCGGAGGGGGCGGCACGGAGGCUCAGCCGCUCAGCUGGAAAGCGUUGGCCUCACAGUUCUGAGGUCCCGGGUUCAAUCCCAGACCCGCCUGUGUGGCGUUUGCAUGUUCUCCCCCGUGCCUACGUGGGUUUUCUCCGGGCACUCCGGUUUCCUCCCACAUCCUCAAAAACAUGCAACAUUAAUUGGACACUCUAAAUUGCCCCUAGGUGUCCCCCGCCUCCUGCCCGUUGACAGCUGGGAUAGGCUCCGGCACUCCCUUGACCCGUGUGGGGAUAAGUGGCUCAGAAAAUAGAUGGAUGGAUGACGUGGUUCUUUCCGGCAUGCCUGCUUUGGCCACCAGGGGGAAGUAUAAUACAUGCAUACGUAAAGACUAGAACUAGACAAUCACAACUGCUCAGGAGGCUGCAUUUGUUGCAGAGGAUAAAGAAUAUAUGCAUUUGAGUAUUGUUGUAUUUGUCCGUCUACAUGUUUUGCACCAUGCUUGUGUUUCAAGAUUAGGGUUACUACUACCUCAACGGUCAUGCUAGUUUCGUUAGCCCGUGAAUAUAGUUUGCCACUGUGUUUUAGCAUGAAGCUAGUGGCGUUUUUUUUUUUUUUAGGAAAAGUUAUUUGUCGUUUGGAUAAAUGUAUACGGUUUUGUUGUAAGUUUAGUCUUACGGUAAAGUUUAAGCUUGACUGCUAAGAUAGGCUCCAGCACACCCCGCGAGCCUUUUGAGGAUAAGUGGCAAAGAAAAUGGAUGGAUGGAUAAUGCGAAGAGGAGGUUGAGUAACAGGCAAAAGGCAUCGUGGGGGAUGGAGGUGGAGGCAAACGUUUGACAGCUGAGAGAAAAUAUACGUACGAAUUUCUUGGGGCCUGUGGUGAAGAAAGAUGAAUAAACUUGCAAAAAUCACAAAUGAAAAACUCACAAAAAAGUUGUACUUUAUCAAUAAGCGCUAGCGCAUGACAACGUGUGAUUCGGUGACACUCGAGCGUCGAAGGGAAACGAAAAGGAUCGUGGGUAAAGAUUGCCGUCGCUCCUGGCCAAUGGGAUGCCAGGAAGAUGGCGCGGUGAUAGCCAAUGGGAGAGAGGCUCUAUGGCGCCACUUUCAAACCAAUACACAAGAUGUUUACGUUCGGUGGAAUUUGGGAGCUGCGAAUCCGGCGCCU